AUAAAAAAGUAGAGAUCCUUAGAAACAAAAUCCCAAUUCUCCUCCACCGCCUUUUCUUCCCUAUCUUCUCAUUUCUCCUUUUUCUCUCUUCUCUCUGUUACACAGAGAAUUCAGUUAUGGCCGGAAGUGGUGUCGUUACAGUUUACGGAAAUGGUGCUCUCACAGAGACAACCAAGCAAUCCCCCUUCUCUGUGAAAGUGGGUCUCGCUCAGAUGCUUCGGGGAGGCGUUAUCAUGGACGUUGUUAAUGCUGAACAGGCUCGUAUAGCCGAGGAGGCCGGUGCGUGUGCUGUCAUGGCUCUUGAGCGUGUCCCUGCUGAUAUACGCGCUCAGGGCGGCGUUGCACGUAUGUCGGAUCCCCAGCUUAUCAAAGAAAUCAAACAGGCUGUGACAAUUCCUGUUAUGGCCAAGGCUCGUAUUGGUCAUUUCGUGGAGGCUCAAAUCCUUGAGGCUAUUGGAAUCGAUUACGUUGAUGAAUCGGAGGUGCUUACCCUUGCUGACGAUGAGAACCACAUCAACAAGCACAAUUUCCGUAUCCCCUUUGUCUGUGGCUGCCGUAAUUUGGGUGAGGCUCUUCGCCGUAUCCGUGAGGGUGCUGCCAUGAUUCGGACCAAGGGGGAAGCUGGUACCGGAAACAUUAUCGAGGCUGUUCGUCAUGUGCGUUCCGUUAUGGGUGAUAUCAGGGUGCUGCGCAACAUGGACGAUGAUGAGGUUUUCACCUUUGCUAAGAAGAUUCAGGCACCAUACGAUCUGGUGAUGCAAACAAAGCAACUUGGUAGGCUCCCUGUGGUUCACUUUGCAGCAGGUGGGGUGGCGACACCAGCAGAUGCAGCGCUUAUGAUGCAGUUGGGAUGUGACGGCGUGUUCGUGGGUUCUGGUAUCUUCAAGAGUGGUGACCCUGCAAAGAGGGGACGUGCCAUCGUGCAAGCAGUGACUCAUUACAGUGACCCACAAUUGCUGGCUGAAAUUAGCUGUGGGCUUGGUGAGGCUAUGGUUGGAAUCAAUCUUGAUGAAAAGGUGGAGAGGUAUGCCAAUCGUUCUGAGUGAUGAUGGUUGUAAGUUUUAGAAUGUCUUUAUCUUGUUCUUGGAUCAGAGCAUGUCAUACUCUCUGGGAAUAUGCUCCUUCGUAUAUUUUAGUUUUUUAUUUUAUGGCCAGUUGUUAUAAACCAUUGGAAUGGGAUGAUUAGAUCAAUUCAGUUAUAUGCAUUUCGAUAUUCAAUUUUCUACUGUUUACCUUGUUUA